GCACACGCAACGCGGCGCGCCACCGCACACACACGCGGUCCGUUCGGUCGCAGCGUCGCGCGUCACCGCGUCACCAUGAAUUCCUUCGAAGACAAUCUAUUGGAAUUAAUUCGUUCUCAUCCGACACUAUACAGAAACAAAGAUAAAAAACACAAAAGUCUGAUCUUAAAGGAGAAUUGUUGGAAGGAGAUAGCGAAGAGUUUAAAUAAAAAACGUCAAAAUGUGGAGAUCACCCCCAUCAAAGCUGUCCGUCGGAUCGGCGACGAACUCAUCGUUCUCUGCAAAGUGCCGUAUCAGAUAGACUCCUGUCGAAUGAUCGUCGGCACCACUUCGUACAGGCUGAUACCUGGUAACCAGGAAGGCGACGUCGUGUACUCCGGACAAGGACUCACAACCGGAGAAUGUGGCGCGCACAUCAAGAACAUCAGGGAAGACUGGAACGGCAAUGUCACCUGCGUCCUGCCGCCACAGUCCAGCAACAUCGAGGUCACCGGCACCAUGAGGCUGCUUGUCGCCAGGGCCCCCGGAGACCCGCACCUGAUCUCUCCCCCCCAGCCUCAGUUCAAAGACGAGGACAUAUUCUCGGCGCAGUGCGUUGUACCGAACGGCAGACCGGCCGCCAAGAUCCUGUGGUUCUUAGAUGACGAGCAACUGCUUGAAGGGGUCCAUCAGCCAGUUGUCACCGACGAGCCAGGCUCCGACCUGCAGACCGUCAGCCAGAACAUCACGAGGACCAUCAGGGCUGACGACAACAACCGAAUGCUGGCCUGCCGGGCGGAACACGAGGCCUUGGACCAGCCCAGAGAAGCGAAGAGACAACUUAUUGUGCAUUAUCCACCCAAGCGCCUUGAAUCCGGUCCUAUCACCGUCUUCGGACUGAAGCUCGGAGCUGAAGGGAAGCUGAACGUGACCGUCCGCUCCAACCCCCCUCCCACUGCGGUGUGGAUGGUGGGCGACAUCAGGAUAACCGCCCCACAUUCCACUGACAACGGAGCCAUCACGGCCUUGGAGCCUCUUCAUUUGGGCAAUGGACACUACAAUGUGAGCCUCCAUCUCGCUCGCAUCACCAAAGAGGACGUUGAGAGAACGUAUUACCUUCAAGUCUUCAACGACCUUGGGAGGGAGGAGUUCACACUCCGAAUGAGCACUAUGGACGAGCCUGCUGGCGUUGAAUUAGACACCGGAGCCAUAGUCGGCAUAGUGGUGGCCGUACUCGUCCUCUUGAUCGCGGUGUUCCUGGGUGUGUUCGCGUUCGCGACCGACAGAUGGUGCUUCGCUGGCUCGAGGGCUGUCGGUCGAUAGGUAAAUAAAUGUAGAAAUAAUAUCACCGAAAUCACUGUUUUAAUGUGUCUCAUUAUAAAUUUGCGGCAUAUUUUUUUAUUUAACAAAAUCAAUGCUAUGGCGAUACAAAGCGGCACUAAUGAACUGGUCAAGUAUGACCGAGACGAAAGCCAACCGCCAAUAUUAGUUUGGCACGUCCAAUUGUUGGCACGACUUGAGAACCACCAUCUCGAGCGAUCUGUGCAAAAAGCCGAUCAAAUUGUAAACACUUUGACUGAUAGAGUUAAUCUUUGCAUAAUUAUUUUAACAAAAACCUGUUAAAUAUUCAUUUUAUUAAAUUCAAACUUAACCUAAGUGUUAGAUUAAUAUUAAUUUAUAAUUUAUUGUUUUCGCUUCAAAUAAGCUAUCAAAAAAAUGCCCGCAAAUUAUAAUGAGUAUAGCUUUAACACGGCCCAACAACACAAAUAUUGAAAUAAUAUCAAAAUAUUGUAGUAGAAAAUUUAUAUGUAGUUAAGGCAUCUUGGAAAUGCAAUGAUUUCUGCUUGCGUAGUUAUAUAAAAAUGGCAAUUUAUAAGGAGGCUUUGGGUGAAUAUUAUUAGUUUCGUAGACAAUGCUAUGGUUAAUCAAUCGUCAUUCGAAAUACUAGCUAGUUCCUGUAUAAAAAAAUAAGAUUAAAACAAAUUUCACUUAUAACAUUUUGAAGCCGAUAUCAAUUAUUUCCUUACGUAAUAUAAAUUUGAAACAAUUUCAGAACGAAGAAAUAAUUUGAGCGCGUAAAAAAGCCAAAAGUUUGCUCAGGCGCGAUAUUUCUUUAAAUAAUGUCAAAAGGCGUAGUCGUAAAAAAACUAUAAUUUUGAAAACAAUUUGGCGCCAUUUUUGGUGAUCCUAUAUUUUUAAAGGUUAUUUAAAAAGAAUUCGUAAAAUUUUUCAUUUACUUUAAACUAAUUAACCAGUGGCUUGUUUCAAAGCGCUGAAACCUAAAGCCUUCUAGUUAUUUUAGUGGUUAUAUAGCAAAAUCGAAAGGUCAGAAUUUCUGUACAUUUAAUAAUUAACAUGCUUAUUGGCAUUGAAAAGUUCUUCUCCUGUGCAAAUAUGGACGUUUAGACCUUACGGUUUUUGUAUGUGUUGAUUAUACGUAUGUAAGCCCCGUAUCAAUGUUUAUUGCGAUCAAGAACGUUUUUUUUAAUAUAAAUAAAUAUCUUAUUUGAUAAUUUGCAUGCAUUGAAACUAACUUAUAACAGAACGCGCAUGCCUUCUAGUGUUUUGAAACUAAUAUUGUGUUUUUGUUAUGUUUUUUGACUGUUACAUUGAGUAUUUUAAAAUAAUUCCUAUUUUAAGUAAAGAUAAGUGACACUAGUAGUACACUAGCGGUCUAUUGACAAUGUAUUGACAUCGUCAAUGGUGCCGGUUGGCUCAGAUCGCCCCUCUGUGUGCCGGUUCAUAAAUAAUUUGAAAAUUAGCAGUCAUAAACAUAUAUUUUGUUUAAAUUUUGCAUGAACUUUCAUAACAAUAACAAGUCUAAAAUAAUUCGCAUGCGUUUUAUCAAUUUUCUUGAGUUUAUUGAUUAAAAAGUAGAAAAAAAAACUGAAAAUCAAUUCCUUUUUUAAUGAGAAAAUGUUUAAUUUAAUAUUAAAACAGCUCAUUAAUUUUUUUAAUGAAAAGUUAAUUUGUUUUAUGUGUAUUAUUACGGUGACGGUACUCAACUAUUUGUGUUUUUAAUAUCACCCGGGAGAGGAUUGAUCGCACCAUUUACUCACCCUUCAAUUUACGAAUAAUUAUAUCCCUAAAGGCCUUUAAAAUAUUAACUAUGUAGAUUCAGCUGUCAGUAAAUUUGUGAUAUAAAUUUUGAAAUGACAAAUCACAAACAAAAAAUAUCCGGCCCUGGCUAUCGUCACACGAACGAGUUCUUGAUCGCUACAAAUGUUGACAUGUGGCAGGACGAUCCCAUCGGAUCGAUAUGCCGGACGGGGCGGACUCGGAAGCGCCGUUGCCAUCCCACGAUGACAUCAAGGGCUCCGAGAAUCCCACCCACGACCACGCCGAGUACAUUACGAACGGGAACUCUAAGCUACCAGAAAAAAAACCGGACACGGCCGUUUGAGUAAUGAGUAAGUCACGGUAAUUUAGUCGCCCUGCCCACAACCAUGUUACCCGAUGGCCGGUGGAACAUUACCGUCUCCUGUUCCCCGAGGAGUAUUAUUAAAACUGCUUUCACGAUUUGAAUCAUGCACAUAUUUGUUAUACAAUUUCUGACAUUCAAAAAAAAUCUUAACCUUUUUUCCACCUUAUAUGCAUUAAUAAAGAGUCGAUUUAUCGACGGCUCACUCUCAAAGGGUUAAAUGUUUCAUCCUCACGGUCGACAUAGACCUGAAAACCGUUAAAGUGGUUUUAAUAAUGCCCGUGGAACUUGUGAAUCGAUUUGCGUUGAUAAUGUCUGUAAUAAAACUAUGUUUAAAUAUAAUUUAAUAGCAGCGAAUGAAUAUAAUCAUGUUGGGGGCUCUUGGGAGCCUGGGUCUUGCUUAAUUCAGAGCUACAGUUUUAAGUUGAGCUUUGAUAACGAAAAUAAUCGAUAUACCGUAUUCGUUCGCCGCUGUCUUGGUUUAAAAUCGAUUACCGCCAAACUCAAAAUGACAUUGACAGUUAAAUGUCAUAGUGACGUUUAAAUUUGAUUAAGUCUUGUGUAGUUUUUGAGCCAAGAACGAAAUAGAAAUUCAUUACAUACUUACACAGUUACAGUUAAAUUUUAAUAAUUGACUCUCGGCUAUGUUUCCGUUUCAGUAAAUGAAAUUGAAAUUCGUUUAAAGCUCAGGAACAAUGCUAACAAUCGAUAAAACAUAUUUCUACUUAAUUAAUUAAUUUAAUUUUAAAAAGAAAAUAGAUCUAUAUAUUUAUAUACGGCACAAAUAUAUUAAUAACAAAUAUAUAACUUAAUGACUUUUUUGAAUAAAUUUUUGUAACAAAAAUAUUUUAUAUCUAAAUGAAUGUACAUUCGUAUUAAAAUGUCGCUUUCAUAAAUCAACUUAGAAUAGCGCUGUUGGAAUGAUGACAGUUCUAUCUUUUAUAACGAUUCAUAUUCUAUCUAAUUGAAAUACAUUCAAACUUGUAUUUAUGUUAAGAUUAAAUUAGAUUUACAAUUUUUGAUCGUCUCAAAGAACCUCAAGGCGAUAAAACGAAAAAAUCACGCAAUCAACUAUUUAAUUUUACAAAAACGAUCAACAAACUUCGCCAGCAACAGAUAAAAUUCAAAUAUAAAUUUGCAGAAGCUGUUUCUGCGGGAUCUCCUGUGCAUUAGACUGUUAUGUCUCAGCGUGACAACCUCUUAGACUAUAAUAUUUAGAUUAAUUAUUUAAAGUAAAUAUUUCCCAGCGGUGGGCAGCGGUUGGCUGUGUCUCUGGUAUUACUCACGGCCACUGAGUACUCACAUGCAAUUUGUACUGCGAAUCUUGACGCCAGAAUCUUGAUCAUUCUUCUUGAAUUCUCGCAUUACAAGCCGUUAUGAACUUAUCAGAUCGAAACGGUCGUACAAUAUGCGCCCAGCUUAAUGUCAGCUGCUAAAAAACUUGCAUGAUUUUUUCGUGAAAUUUUUUUAUUGUUGAUAGGAAUCUCUUAGAAUGUUUGUAAUACUUAUAUUACAACGAAUACCCAUCGUCUUAAUAAUUUAAAUCGCAAGGGUUUUAUAGUAACAUCAUAAGUUUUAGUAUAAUAAUCAUCAAGGACACAAAAAGGAAGAUUUCGAAUGAAAUAGUCUCGAAUUAGUUUAAAUUUUAUGUUUACGUCACGUUUACUCUGUUAGUGUUUGUUCACGUUUGAUUCGUGGACGCGGAGACACUCGCGGGCCCGUGCUGGAAGUGUCCGCCGGGUGUCUGCCACGUCUCCGGCGACAACGCUGCCCGCCAUUACACCUCACUGCAUUUUCAUUACGAUCACUUGGUAUUUUUGCGCGAUAUUCCCACGAUUCGACGUGAACAAGCACCUAACAAAAUAUAUUGAUGAUAAUAUAUGAAUAAUUAUGAAUUGCUCUGCUCUUGACGUAAACGCGAUGGCAAUUAAGGUCCGGCGCAUAUUACACUUCCGUGCCAACCUCGCAUACUGUCGGAAAUUGACGCUAAUCUAAGAGUAACAUCGAAAUGCUAAACUUUGGUUUAAUAUGCGCCGCGACUGAACGUUGAAGCUAUGAUAAAACUCACCGAGACGGCAUCUUUAUUUUUAUAUAGCAUACAUACCACCAAGUUGUGUAAAUAAAUGUUUAGUUUAAUGCAUAAAAAGGUACAGAUAAUGUAUGUAACGUUAAUAUUGAAAUUAGUUUUAUUACGCGCAAUUAAAGCUACUGUUAGCGUUAGCGCUUAAAAUUAUUAUUUUAUUAUUUCCAACGUUUUAAUUAACUAAUUACAUACAAAUUUUCAAUCAUAAAUGUCGAUUCGCGUCAAUAAAAUGGAUUUUUCAAUGAUUCGAUACAAAUAUAGAGAAGAUCAGUGUUGUUUAAGAAAAAAAAUCUAAAAUAUCCAAAAUGGCGGUAAAAUGCUUGAUUUCUUUUGCAUUUAUAAAUUUUAAUACGUCAUUUGCGUAUUGAUUUUUAAAGUUAUUACUAAACUUAUUUACUGACGAGGUAUUUUGGAUCUUUCUCGUCUAUAUCGUUAAGGAAUGAACCGACAUUUAUGAUUCGUAUUUCUAAGUAAUUUAGACAUUGUUUUACAGUUUAGGUUAUGUGUAUUUUUCCUAAAGCUAGCAAUGAAUUCACAGAUAAGUGAAAUUCAUAAAAUGACAUAGAAUUUUAAACUACUUAAAUAAUCAUGACACGGCUUAUUAACUGCCGAUUUUAGAUGUAAAAAUCAAAUUUAGUUGUAUUCUAAAGCUUAAGUCUCGAUUCACCGAUAUUGUGAUUUUUUUGUAUUUUUUUUAUUGUAAUUAAUUAUAUUAUUGUAGUUUAAUUUUAAGUUAAAUUUUACGUCGGAUUAUUUUUUAGUGGCGGUGAUAGUUCUGUUUUAAAACGAACUCUUUUUUGUGAAAUUCCUUCCUCCAUAAUGAUUAAUCGAUCGAGAGAGAAGGCGUAUUUCUAUCUCUCUCGCACGGCUCCUAUAAUGUUAUAAAAUCGCUGUACUUAAGCGUUUUCUGUCAAAUCAUAAUUACAUUAGUCUUUUUCUGAAUGUAUUUAUCAUUUCUUGUUAUUUUAGAUAUGUAAUGUAAACAUUAUCAUGAGGAGAAUUUUUUUUAUAUACUAGAUUAUGUUAUGCCGAAAAAUAUGUAACAUUACACUGUUAGCGUCUUAUGUUACUGUCAUUUGACAAAUAUUGAUCCAAUAUGCCGUAAAAAUUCACAAACAGAACUGUCAUAUAAUUAUUGUGUAUGUAUUUCGCUUUAAUAGUAAGAUCGAAACAUUGCCAUUUUUAUAUUAAUAAAAAAUAAUAAUAAUUAGAAUUUUAUAUUUACAUAUCUGUUCACACGCUUAAUCAAUGUUCUUAAAUAUAUUCGUAUAAAUUCAGUAGAUUUGGCAGAUUAGAAAUUUGAAACAAAAUUAAAAAAAAAUAUAUAAUAGAAUUUUAUAGUAAAUUUGUUGAUUAUUAAAUGUUUAUAAUAAAAUUUUCACUAUUAACUCAUGAGAUAUUAUUUGUGAUAUCACCAAAGUAAUCAAUCACAAUGUGCCGAAAAAAAUAGGAAAAUUUUGUUCACAGGCUGGCAAUCUUUUAAUUUCUUGCUCUUUCAUUCUCAGACUGUGGUAAUUAUGCAAUUAAGCUUUUGACAAUAAGAAAGCUCUUUGUGUGCUUUCUAUCUCGGAUUUUUUUUACUAAAAUCAAGUGAAACUCGUUUAAGCGUGUGAUACUGUUACUUAUGAAUGUUUAUAAAUUAUAAUUAAUGUGACAACUUACUGCCCUUGAACCACCACUUUCGACUUAUAUAUUAAAAUAUUUAUUGAUUAAGAA